AUGUCAAACUCACAUCUGCCCAAUUCUCACGCAGCCGUUACUCCAACAUGGAGACCUUUCAACUUCCCUAGAACCCCAUUGCCGGACGCGAUCAAGACGAGUCCAGUUGCCGACUCCGAUGGACAGAGAUAUAGUGGCAGUGUCCCACUGGACUGGUGCGGCAAUGGCGGCCGUCGAUUGGCAGCCCAUGGUGGGUAUUGUGCCACAGUUCUGAUGAUGACAGCGCGGCAAUAUUAUCGCGACAAGCAUGGGAGCCUGGGGAACAUGGAACCCCUCAACAUGUCCGUGGAGUUCCUCGAACCGCUACCCCAGGGUCGAUUCGAGAUUGCUCUUGAAACUCUUAGCAGAGGUAAACGCACUUCAACGAUUGAAGCCAGGCUGAAAUCGUUAGAGCUCCAUGAACACAAGAUCUGCACAGUUGCUGUAGUGAGGCUUGGUAUAUUGAGAGACGACGGUCAAGUCACCAAUAUGCAACCUUCAGUCUGGCGAGUACCAGAUCGAACGAUGGAUUGCGUCCGAUGGUCAGAUGCCAGUUACUACUACAUGAAUCCCCCGGCAUCGACGAUAAGGGUAUACACACCUAAUGACGGCAAUUCGCCACUGUGGAGUGAAAGAUUCGGAGGACAGAAUACCAGAUAUCAGUGGGCGAAAUUGGAUGAUGGAGGAGAGUUCGGUUUCGAGCACUUGCCUGUACUGGCAGACCUGGUUCCCCCCAUCUUCCUCAAUUAUGCUGAGAAUGGGAUGGAAGCCGCCAGCAGCUGGGGUAUACCCACCACCGCUCUGAACAUUAUGUUCCGGUCUGAGAUUACUCCAGAGGACUGGCUCCUCACUCGAACCACAAUGAACAGAAUACACGGCGGGAGAUUUGAUAUGAACAUUGAGAUUCUCAAUGAACAUGGACAACUUCUUGCUUCCUGCGUACAGCUUUGUUCAGUUAUACCUAUUGGAAAGUCUAAUUCUAAGACUGCAGGCAACCUCUAG